AUGAAGUGCAAAGAUUCACCUCUUGCUCUUUUCUUCUUCUUCAUGCCCGUGGCUCUAUGGCAGCAUAUUGCCGUUUGCUGUAACAACUACAAGCAUGAACAGCUUGAAUCGCGAGUGGAGGCGUACAUUGAGCGACGCGAAAAGAUGCUACGCCGCAGACCUGACGAAGAAACGCCAAUUCGGACGAGGAGUGAUGUGCGCAUGAGUUUGAUGGCCGUCAAGCCAGUCAUGCCACACGAAUUGUGCGUCUUCAUCGGCCUACUGUUGGCGCGGGCCAUCCAGCCAAACCGUGAGAAGGUCUCUAACCACUGGAAGCAGGCUGAUGAAGGUGGUAUUGCCCGAGGAGUCUUUACCAACUACAUGAAACGCGAUAGAUUCAUGGAGAUUUCGCGCAACUUGCACUUCUCCAGUAAUCUCGAUCAGACUGACAGAGCGUGGAAAAUCCGCAAAGUAGUUCACGUGCUGCAGCGGACAUUCCGACGAGGCUACAUCCCCCCGACCACGUAG